UCGGGUUUGGUUGCACACAAGCUGCAGUUUCAGUUUGUUUUAUUCACCAUUUUGAGUAGCUGAACGUAAAAAUAAGGAUUUGAGGAUUUGGCGAGCAGAAUCUAGGCUUUGUUUUAUUUUCACGCGCUAGCUUGGACGGUGGAGCCGCGCGCCAGCCUCGCGCCUCUCGGUGUUGUGCAGAGCGGGAAUCUUAUUUCUUUGAACCCCCCCUCCCUGUUCUUUUCUGCUCCAGCUUCCAGUUUUCCUGCAGAAUGUCCAGACCAGUGAGGAACAGGAAAGUGGUGAACUACUCACAAUUCAACGAGUCCGACGAUGCAGAUGAGGAGUAUAGUGAGGACAAGCCUAAGAAGGUGCGCCCACCCCCUCGUGAGCCGAAGCACAAGCGCUCGAAGAAUUCACAGGAUGACAGUGAGGAUUCUGAUGAGAAGCUGUCCAAAUCUAAAAACGAUUCAGCAGAUGACUUUGGCAGCGAGGAGGAAGAAGACAAUGACUUUGGUGAAGAGGAGGAUGAGGAAGGAGGCAGCGACUACGAGGAAGAGAGAGGGAAGAAGGCAAAGAAAGUCAAGGUGGAGAAGAGCAGCAAGAGGGGCCCAAAGAGAAAACGGGCUGCAGAUGACAGCGACGAUGACAAGGAGGUCAGUCGAAAGCGGACGGUGAGGCAGGCUGCUUCCAAGGCUGUGUCAAAACAGAGAGAGAUGCUGCUGGGAGACGGCGGCAGCGAGGAUGAGGAGCACGAAGACCAGGAGGAGCCCUACAUGGACCCUGACGAGUCUGGCAGCGAUGAAGACUUCAUGGUGGAGGAUGAUGAUGACAGCGACUACGGCCGCUCCAAGAAGAAAGGAAAGAAGGUGAUUCGACGAGGACGGCCAGACAAGAAGGAGAAGAAGAGCCCCAAACCGCGACUAAAGGCCACAGUCACCCCGAGCCCCAUGAAAGGAAAGGGGAAGGGACGCCCCAGCUCCAAGACUGUGGAGAAGAGCUCACCCAAAGAGGAGGAGGAGGAGGAGGAGCCAGAGAGUCCUCUGGAGGAGGAAGAGGAGGAGGCAGGCGAGAAGAAGGAGGAGACUUCCCCCGCCCCCAAGACAACAAAGGAGUCUGCAGGAGGAGAGGAAGAGGAGGAGGAGGAGGAAGAUGAGGAGGAAGAGAACGGCUCAGAAGAGGAGGCGCCGUCUGGAGAAGACUAGAGGAGGCUCUCCGUCUGCAGCGCGUCUUUCUGUCUCUGAUGAAAUGUUGCUUUUCUUUUGUCGCUCUGCUUUUUUUUUUCAGUUUUUUUUGUCUUUCCCCUCCAAGCUGCCUGGCUCAACGG